AUGAAAAUUGCUGAUAAAAGAGAUGACGGUGAUACUACCAUUUACAUGACAUUAACAUCUACAUCAACAUUGGGUAGCAAAAGCUCUCCAAAUGCGAGCCCUACUAAUGUAAUACAAAUAGUAUCUUGGGUAGCACAGACUAUUGAAACAACUAUCGUUACAUCAACUCCAGUAUUGAAAGUACCAUCUACAUCGCAAGUAAAUACUGUCACAUCAAAAUCAAUUACAACGGUAUCAAAUACAGCUGAAACAAAAAAAGUAAUCGGUUCAUCUAGCGCUGACGCUACUAUUUCCCCAUCUCAAUCAGACUUUUUAUCACCAACAGCAUCUAAAAAAGUUGGUGCUGUUUCCACCAUCCCCAUACAAAACAGUUUUAGUGAUGUAUCAUAUUCUACCGGUAAUCGGUCUUUACAAAUUGGUUUAGCUAUAGGUAUCCCCAUAGCAAUAUUUUCUAUCUUUUUUAUUGUAUUGGGAAUAUGGUAUUACAUUCGAGAACGGAAACGAAAAAGAAAAACAUUAUCUUUCAAUGAAAAGUACUACAAGCCCAGAGAAAGUGAUGCAACAUUAACUGCAGAUAAACCUUAUCUUGUUCUAUUUUCCCCGGGUGCAUACUUCAAAGAUGAAAGACAAUAUGAAUUACCCCAGAAAAGAGAUCGGUUAACAAUCAGAUUGAGCAAAUCUUUCCCUAUACGGAAAAAGGAGAAAGAGAUAUCAAGCACAGUUAAUUUUGCUAAACGCAUGAGCGUUUUGACUCCGAUUUUUUUAAAAAAGUUCAAUUUGAAAAAGACUAUCGAGGAAAACAACGAAACUGUGAAACCACAAAUAUUGAGUAUUCCAGAAAAUCCUCGGGAGAAUGCUAUGAAGCCCACAGAUAACCUCAAUUUGCCACCAGUUAUAACAAUUGGCAGCAGUGGACUAGAUCCAGUGAGAGGUGGAAUUAGCCCAGAACAGAGUUUAUACACAGUCAUUCGUUCUUAUAACAAGAGUCUUGGUGAUGAGUUAAAUAUUGAAGUAGGAGACAAAGCAGUGAUUUUGGAAAAACAUUCUGAUGGCUGGUGUAAAAUUAGGUUGGUUCGUAUGGGCAAAGAUUAUUAUAAUCACCAAUUAUCUCUGGAUAUCGGCUUGGUUCCCAAAAUGUGUUUACAAAAAAUUUAA